GAGCUAAGUGAUAUGACAUCACUAUAAAUUUAAUGUGCGGUGUUAUCAUAUAUCUAUUUAAAACAUGAAACUGUGUAAAUUCAAUCCGAUCAUUAAUAUCAGGUUUGUGGAAUUAUUGUGUACAUGUAAAUAAUUAGUCAACUCAAAAAAAUAAAUCAUGGUUAAGUCUCAAGAAGCAAUUGAAACUUCACUGUUUGUGAAACAAGUGUUAUCAGCAGUUUUCUAUGGAGUUGCCUCGUUUAUGAUAACAGUAGUGAAUAAAACCGUCCUUACUACUUAUGGCUUUCCUUCGUUUCAAGUUUUGGGUUUGGGCCAGAUGAUAGCGACCAUAGUGGUAUUAUUUGUUGCGAAGAAACUUCGUAUUGUUAACUUCCCAAGUUUUGAAUUAAGCACAUUCGGAAAGAUAUUUCCUUUGCCUCUUAUUUAUAUAGGAAAUAUGUUUUUUGGACUUGGAGGAACUAAACAGUUAAGUCUUCCCAUGUUUACAGCACUAAGAAGAUUUUCAAUAUUAAUGACGAUGAUCCUAGAACUGUACAUUCUUGGUAUUAAACCUAGUUUCAGCGUACAAUUUAGUGUGUAUACUAUGAUAGUAGGUGCCAUUGUAGCAGCUAGUAAUGAUAUAGCGUUUAACUUAACAGGUUACAUAUUUGUGUUAAUGAACAACAUUUUCACUGCCUCCAAUGGUGUAUAUAUGAAAAAGAAAUUGGAUUCCAAAGAACUAGGAAAAUAUGGUCUUAUGUAUUAUAAUUCCUUAUUUAUGAUAUUACCUGCAUUAUUUUUUGCAUUUUAUACUGGAGACAUGGAAGAAGCGUACAAUUAUAAAUAUUGGAACGAUGUAUUAUUUAUGGGUCAAUUUAUCUUAUCAUGUGUAAUGGGAUUUGUUUUAUCUUAUAGUGUAGUAUUGUGUACAUUUUAUAAUUCUGCUUUAACUACAACUAUUAUAGGGACAUUGAAAAAUAUAUGUGUUACAUAUCUCGGAAUGGUAAUCGGUGGAGAUUAUAUGUUUUCUUGGGUUAAUUUUAUAGGGAUUAAUAUCAGUGUGUUAGGUAGUUUAAUUUACACGUAUGUAACAUUUAAGAGGAAGGAAUCGGUUUCUUACUCACCUUUACCAAAUAAUGAGAAAGUAUCUAAAGCUGAAGAUGUUGUAUAACAUUUAAAGUUUCACAAAAAUCGUACAGGGUAUCUUUAAUUUAUUUAUUUUAGUAUGAUUUUAUGCAAGUAGAAUGUUUAUAUUCUGUAAAUAUAUAAUGUAUAUAUAUAAUGAGUGUGAUAUGUUUAUAUUCUUGUAUAAAUUGUUGAUUUUCGGAAUGAAAAAUUUAUAUAGUUUCGUUUUCAGACUUUCUAUUUCUUUUCUGUACCAUCUUGCUGCUAAAUAUAAACCGAAAUAAAUUGCUAAUUGUUACAGUAUUCAAUGGGUAUGCCCAUAUACCUAAUUUAUAGAAAUUAUAUAAUUUAUCUGUUAAAAUUUCAUAAAAUGUAAUUUUUUUUAAAAUAUGUUAUAACAGGGGUGGUCAACCUAUUGAUUGUCAUGGUUGAUUUUCGCACGACGAUUAGUAGGUACCAAUUAAUUUGCUAAGGUAAUGUCAAUCUUCAAGGUCUCAAUUUUUCUAAGUGAUCAAAAUGUUAAAUGCCAUGUUCUGAGGACAUUGAAAAUGUUUAUUCUGUUAAUGAUGUUCAUUAAAUAAUUUGAUUGGAACACUCAAAUUGACAAACAUUUUAUUAGACAAUUUAAAUAAUGUAUAUAAAUUAGCCAUUGCCAAUUCUAAAAUUCUAUUGCGAAGAAUACUGUCUUGUUCUAUAAUUAACUUUUUAGUAGUGUUGUUGACCUUUUAUUAAUUGUUUUUUAACAAAAUACUCCACAAGGGAUAAAUGAAACAUUAUGCUGUUAAUUUUAGUAUUUUGUAUCACAUCAUUAAAAAACAGGAAAUUGUAAGGAAAAUAUUAAUGAAUAUCUUCAUAUUUAAGUUGGCAGCAGUCGCAGAUUAUUUUAAUCUUGUUCUUAAAUAUAUCAGAGAAUAUUUUGAAUGUCUCGCCUUAUCAGUGAAAUUUUUUCAUUAUAUCAUAGCUGAUAAACAGUAAUUUACUUAUAACAGAUUA